UCGAAAACCGUUGGUUACGCUUACGCAUACACCAGAAACAUCCACCACCCCUCCUCUCCUAUUUUUUCCAGUCUUCCAUUACAUCAGCAAACCAACAACAACAACAACAACUCUGUUUUCUCACGCAUUUUCUCUCUCUUCCUACAACAAUGGAGAAUGGCGUAGUAACCGCCGAUCAAUCAUCGUCUUCUUCAGCGGUGAUAUUCAUGGGAACAGGUUGUUCAAGUGCUGUACCAAAUGCAAUGUGCUUGAUCCAACCUUCUGAUCCUCCUUGCACCGUUUGUUCUCAGUCUUUGCUCAUUCCUCCCGAUCAAAACCCUAAUUAUCGGGGCAAUACAUCUCUCCUUAUUGACUAUUGUCAGAACGAUGGUGAGCAUAGUUAUAUCCUGAUUGAUAUUGGCAAAACAUUCCGAGAGGCAGUUCUUCGGUGGUUCACCUUCCACAAAAUUCCACGGGUUGAUUCUAUAAUUCUGACGCAUGAGCAUGCCGAUGCAAUUCUUGGUCUGGAUGACAUACGAGCUGUGCAGCCAUUUAGUCCCACAAAUGAUAUUAGCCCGACUCCAAUUUACCUCACCCAGGAUUCUAUGAAUAGUGUGGCUGUAAAAUUCCCUUACCUGGUUCAGAAAAAACUCAAAGAAGGCCAGGAGAUAAGACGAGUUUCUCAGCUUGACUGGAAUAUAAUUGAGAGCGAUCAUGAGAAACCUUUUUUUGCAUCGGGCCUGCAAUUUGCCCCUUUACCUGUGAUGCAUGGUGAAGAUUAUGUUUCAUUAGGAUUUCGUUUUGGUCAGAAGUGCGAAGUAGCUUACAUAUCGGAUGUCUCACGUUUCAUCCCAAGCACAGAGGCUCUUAUUUCAAAAAGUGGUGGUGGUCAGUUGGACCUUCUUAUCUUGGAUACCCUUUACAAGAAGGGGUCUCAUAAUACUCACUUUUUCUUCCCUCAGACUCUUGAUGCAGUGAAGAGAAUCUGUCCAAAGCGUGCUCUGUUGAUUGGAAUGACCCAUUAAUUUGAUCACCAUACUGAUAAUGCCUAUCUUGCUGAAUGGUCAGAAAGCGAGGGAAUUCAGGUUCAACUAGCUCAUGAUGGUCUAAGAAUCCCUAUAGAUCUUUGACAAGGAUGUUAUAUUUCUAAAGGAGUACUGAAAGUUUAGCUGUUUGGUUGACAAUGAAGAACAGGUACAAACUAUACUCGCUUCUUAUCUUCUUCAGUGGGCGAGUAGACAUUCCGUUAAUACAGGUUAUAGAUUUGGCUUUUCUACCAAUCACAUCAAGGCUUGAACUCAAGUUGACAUAUUGAAUACAUUGUGCUUUUGGAGAUCGACUCAAGUUUUUGAUGGUGGUAUUAACUGAUUCCUUUUCCCCUGACCAUUCGAUUCAAGAGAGAAUCAAAAGCUUCUGGGCUUGUGCGCUAGUCAUGUAUACAUAAUGUUGCCCAAAGAUUGUGGGCUUAAGUAUAACUAUAUUCAAGUUUUUCCCAUUUGUUGAUGUGAUAACUUCUAGCAGGAUAAUACAACUGCAAAUCACAUGCUUUUCAUAAAAUCAACUCAUAUAGUCAUAUGAGUCCAAAAAAAUAAAAGGUUAAAUUGCUGGUCUAUGAGGUUAUACUUGUAUACUCACUAAAUAAACUUCAUUAUUUUGUUCGCA